AUGAUCAGUCGUUCCUCGAGUUCUCUGUACUCCUUAUGUCGACCAUUCUUUAUUCCAAAUAGUUGUGCUCUAUUGUUGUUUUAUUUCAGAAAUUUUGCCUCCAAUCAAGAGUUGUUCGAAAAGGCUCAGGCUGAUUUGAAGACGUUAAAGGAAGAGCCAGAUGUGGACGUCAAAUUACAGAUGUACGCCUUAUUUAAGCAGGCUACUGUUGGGGACGUCCAGGGAAGCCGGCCAGGGAUGAUGGACUUUGCUGGUAGGGCGAAAUUUGAUGCCUGGUCUAAGAUUAAAGGAAUUAGUAAGGACGAAGCGCAAGCGCAAUAUGCCAAAUUGGUUCAGUCGCUGUUGGGUGAACAGUCACCUUCAGCUCCACCUGGAACCGCUCCAAUGGGAUUGCAGCCUGUCGAAGGUUUAGAUGUAUCUGUGGAAGGCAAGGCCUUCCAAAUCAAAUUUAAUCGUCCGAAGAAAUUUAACGCAAUAACACUGGAUAUGUACAAGGGUAUAAUAGCUGCCCUUAAAGCUUCAAAUCAAGAUAAAUCUACCUCUAUCACAGUUAUAACAGGUACUGGAAAUUUCUUCUGUUCUGGUAAUGAUCUCAGUAAUUUCGCGAAGGCUGCUUCUGCUAGCAAAGAAGAAGUCAAGGAAAUGGCUGAAACUGCUGCUGAAGUUCUGAAGGAGUAUAUCCAGGCAUAUAUUGACCACGAAAAACCAUUAAUUUGUCUCAUCAACGGCCCCGCUGUAGGCAUCGCUGUCACGGUUCUACCUCUUUUCGACUAUGUUCUUGCUACUGACAUGAGCACGUUCCACACUCCUUUUUCUACACUUGGGCAAUCGCCUGAAGGUGCGUCGUCGUACACUUUCCCGAUUCUCAUGGGGCAACUACGAGCCGCAGAGUUCCUCAUCUUGAACAAAAAGCUUACUGCUUAUCAAGCGCUCGAUGCCGGUCUUGUGAAUGAGGUUAUCGCAAAUAAUGAAUUCGAGACAAGAGCUGCAGCCGUAGUCAAGCAGCACUCUUCUCUACCACCAGAAAGCUUGCGAGUUAACAAAAUGCUUCUUCGGUCGUUCCACAAAGAAAUGCUAACGAAAGUUAAUGAAAUCGAAUGUAAAACUAUCUGUGAGCGCUGGCAAUCGAAGGAAUGUGCAGCGGCUAUAGCUGCUUUCCUCAGCCGUUCCAAGAAGUAG